GAAGCAAGCUGACUUAAAGAUGUCUGGAAGAGGAAAGACCGGCGCCGGCAAGGCCAGAGCAAAGGCCAAGACCCGCUCAUCCAGAGCUGGACUCCAGUUCCCGGUGGGUCGUGUCCACAGGCUGCUCCGGAAAGGCAAUUACGCUCAGCGCGUUGGUGCCGGAGCUCCGGUGUACCUGGCGGCGGUGCUCGAGUACCUGACCGCUGAGAUCCUGGAGCUGGCCGGAAACGCCGCCCGCGACAACAAGAAGACCAGGAUCAUCCCCCGUCACCUGCAGCUCGCCGUCCGCAACGACGAGGAGCUCAACAAGCUGCUCGGCGGAGUCACCAUUGCUCAGGGCGGCGUGCUGCCCAACAUCCAGGCGGUGCUGCUGCCCAAGAAGACCGAGAAGGCGGUCAAGAGCAAGUAAAGCUCCCCGACAAACAAACACCCCAACGGCUCUUUUAAGAGCCACCCACUUCUUCUCAAGCUGCAACUUCCUACAGUCUCACUCACUAAUUAGUUUAAUGAAUACCUACUUAAAUGAGGCCAUUUAUUCAUUAACUAAUACUAUUUACAUUGUACCCUAGUCCAGUGAGGUACUAAGACAAUUACACACUAACACUCAAUUGACUACUACACAUUAAAAUAAAAUUUUAGCUUAACAAUGACCACAAAUUAGAUUAGUGUUGACUAAUGUACUUGAGAGGGAAAGACUCUUAUAGGUCUCUCUCAUACUUACCAUACUAUAGUUACUUUACUGACAGUGUGUCCACAUAAACAUCUGUUUUAAGCUGCUCUAAAUAAUACACAAUUAAUGGAAGCUGAACAGAGACAGGUAAACUAUUAUGUACAUUAUAUAUCUAUAUAUUUAUCUCUCACUGUGAUACCUCAUGACUUAACAGAUCAGAAUCAAAAAUACUUUAUUGAUCCCCGAGGGGAAACUCUUUUGUUGCAGUAGGUCAGUGCACACAGGAAGAGAAGUACUAAGCAAAACAUAAUACAGGUCAGAAAAUAAAUUAAGUACCA